CUUGGCGCCAAAAACGACGCCGCAGGAGGAACUUUGACGAAACGCACCGUCUCGCUGUUCGCGCCUUAUCUUAUCCCAUCCAAAUAUCUCAUCCUUAACCUCCCAAAUCCAAAUUCCAAAGCUUUGGCCAUUUUUCCGGUUUUCCUUCAAUGGCAGAGAGCUCAGAGAAGGACCUCAUGACCACCGCGAGUAGGAGGGUGGUCUCCAUCGCCAACCACCUCAGUCCGGCCCAUCUAUCUCCCAUCUCCCCCGCAGUUUCUCUAUCCAACGCCUCCAUGAACGACAGCUACCACCGCACCCACGGCGAGGUCUCGACUCACCAAGUUGUUUGGAAAAAUGCUCGCGACGAGUCUGGCGAAGAAUUCACCGACAUCAUUUACGAGAAAUCAGCCGGCGAAGCCAUUGCAAAGAUUACGAUUAAUAGGCCGGAGAGAAGAAACGCGUUUCGGCCGCAGACUGUUAAGGAGCUCAUUCGCGCGUUUAACGAUGCCAGGGACGACGGCUCCGUAGGCGUCGUCAUUCUUACCGGGAAGGGAACCAAGGCAUUCUGCAGUGGUGGUGAUCAGGCUUUGAGAGGCAAAGAUGGAUAUUCUGAUUAUGAAGAUUUUGGUCGUCUUAAUGUUUUGGAUUUGCAGGUCCAGAUUCGACGUCUUCCAAAGCCAGUAAUAGCCAUGGUGGCUGGUUAUGCAGUUGGGGGUGGACAUGUAUUACACAUGGUCUGUGAUCUAACCAUUGCAGCAGACAAUGCUAUUUUUGGUCAGACUGGUCCUAAGGUUGGAAGCUUUGAUGCUGGUUAUGGGAGUUCAAUCAUGUCCCGUUUGGUCGGGCCUAAAAAAGCACGAGAAAUGUGGUUUAUGGCAAGGUUUUACACAGCUGCUGAAGCUGAGAAAAUGGGACUUGUUAACAAUGUUGUACCACUGGAGAGUUUAGAGCAAGAAACGGUUAAAUGGUGUCGAGAAAUGCUAAGAAACAGCCCAACUGCACUUCGGGUGCUGAAAUCUGCUCUUAAUGCGGUUGACGACGGUCAUGCUGGACUACAGCAACUUGCUGGAGAUGCCACACUCUUAUUCUAUGGCACUGAGGAAGGGAAUGAAGGGAAGACGGCUUAUAUGCAACACAGGCGUCCGGAUUUCUCAAAGUUUCCCAGGAGACCUUAAUGCUGAGCAGUUUCCCAGCAGACUUGGACCCCUUGGCCACUUGUUCGUUUGCUUUUCCUCCCUUUCCCCCCUUUUCGGAUAAAUGCUUUGGUUUUGAAGCUCCGACGUUGGUGGAGAGGAGUUCAAAUAAUGCCCUGCUGCCAUUGUUUUGAGUUAAUAGUUUGACUGGUUUUUUCAGACUCCAGAAAAGUAAUUUGUUCAAAACUCUUGCUCAUAGUGAGAUUUCUACUCUUCCAAUUGCAUCUUUGGAA